CAGCGCGAUGUGGGCUCCCGGCUCCGGAGCCUUGCGGCUUCCCCAGCGCCGGCGUCCUGGGCCGGUGGCGUCCUCCGUGCAGCCGCUGUGGCUGCGGCUGCCGCUGCUGCUGUUCGUGCUGGCGGCCGUGGGGCCGGCGCGCGCCUGGGAGAGCGGAGACCUGGAGUUGUUCGACUUGGUGGAGGAGGUGCAGUUGAACUUCUACGAGUUCCUCGGGGUGCAGCAGGAUGCUUCAUCUGCAGACAUCAGAAAAGCAUAUCGUAAGCUUUCCCUAACCUUACAUCCAGACAAGAAUAAAGAUGAAAAUGCAGAAACUCAGUUUAGACAAUUGGUGGCCAUUUAUGAAGUCUUAAAGGAUGAUGAGAGAAGGCAGAGGUAUGAUGAUAUUCUGAUCAAUGGACUUCCAGAUUGGCGACAGCCUGUAUUCUACUACAGGCGAGUGAGAAAGAUGAGCAAUGCUGAGCUGGCAUUACUCUUGUUCAUUAUUCUCACAGUGGGUCAUUAUGCUGUGGUUUGGUCAAUCUACCUGGAAAAGCAACUGGAUGAACUGCUUGGUAGAAAAAAGAGAGAAAAAAAGAAGAAGACGGGAAGCAAGAGUAUGGAUGCAACAAAACUAGGUGCUUCUGAAAAGAAUGAAAGAUUGCUAAUAAAACCACAAUGGCAUGAUUUGCUUCCGUGCAAACUGGGAAUUUGGUUUUGCCUUACACUAAAAGCAUUGCCUCAUCUAAUCCAGGAUGCUGGGCAGUUUUAUGCAAAAUACAAGGAGACAAAAUUGAAGGAAAAAGAAGAUGCACUGGCUAGAAUUGAAAUGGAAACACUUCAAAAACAGAAGAAAGUUAAAGUUAAAAAACCAAAACCAGAAUUUCCUGUAUACAUGCCUUUAGAAAAUACAUACAUUCAGUCUUAUGAUCAUGGAACUUCUAUUGAAGAAAUUGAGGAACAAAUGGAUGAUUGGCUGGAAAACAGGAACAGAACACAGAAAAAGCAGGCACCUGAAUGGACAGAAGAGGACCUCAGCCAACUGACAAGAAGUAUGGUUAAGUUUCCAGGAGGGACCCCAGGUCGAUGGGAAAAGAUUGCCCAUGAAUUGGGUCGAUCUGUAACAGAUGUGACUGCCAAAGCCAAGGAACUGAAGGACUCAGUCACCUGCCCCCCAGGAAUGGUCAGGCUCUCUGAACUUAAGUCAAAUGUUCAGAAUUCCAGGCCCAUCAAGAUAGCCACAGCCCUGUCUGAUGACAUCAUCACACAGAGAGAGGACUCAGCCAAGGCUGGGGAGGAUGAGGAGCAAGAGACUGCUGAGGUGGAGCAGGAGAUAGUGGCCACAGAAGCCCGGCCUCGAAGGCGGAAAUCAGCUCGGGUGGCUGAGGCAGUAACCAGAGUGGAGCCAGAGGAGAAGCAGAGAGGAAAGAGGCAAAAAGACUUUGAUCUCUCAGAACAAAAUGAAUCUAGUGAUGACGAGAACCAGAGCAAAGAAAGAACUCGUGCUGCAGAGGAGGUGUGGACACAGAGUCAACAGAAACUUCUGGAACUGGCAUUACAGCAAUACCCAAAAGGAGCCUCUGACCGUUGGGACAAAAUAGCCAGAUGUGUCCCGUCUAAGAGUAAGGAAGACUGUAUUGCUAGAUAUAAGCUGCUGGUUGAACUGGUCCAAAAGAAAAGGCAAGCUAAAAGCUGAAUCUUCUGGAAGAUGACUAUGACUUCAGAAAUCUCAUGCAGGAAAUUUGCAUUUUGUACCUCAGUAUUUCUAAACGUCAUGUGCCUUAGUAAAAAAAAAAAAAAAAAUCAGCUAGAGGUGCUGUUUGCAGGCCUUCCUUGUGUGUUGGGGAAGGGAUGCGGUACUCUGCAGAUUUAACUCCCCCUCCAGCAAAGUCUACUGGGAGCUUUCAAAUAGUGUUUUAGUAAGCAGGCAGAUAGGGGAGCAUGUGAACAAACUAACAGGAAUGGAGCUGGGUGUGGUGGCCACGCCUUUAAUCCCAGCAUUUAGGAGGCAGAGGCAGGAGGAUCCCUGUGAAUUUGAGCCUGGUCUACAUAGUGAGUGCAGGACAGCCAGGGUUAGACAGUGAGACCCUGUCUCAAAGAAAACAAAAACAAAACGUAAACAAAAAUGUAACCAAAGAACACACAGUCAAU